CCCACAUAUUCCGCUUUUCAUGUUUCAUUUCUGACAUAACAGCGUAAACUUUCUGGUGCUUUUUAGUGCUCAGGCUUCGUUACACUGUAUGAGCCUGUCCUGCUGACCAGGUCAGUUUAUGCAUGGUAUAACCGAGGAGGGGGCUACUCUGGAGCUGUUUAUUUUGUGCCACAUUUUUAUGUUACAUCUAGUGGCCAUUUGGAGCAGUUGUGGUUUCUAGACUUACUGAUGGAUCCGAUGGAUUUCCUGGAGGCUGAUGAACUGCUGCGGUUUUUCCACUGUAAUAAAACCGAAAUGUCAUGCAUGGAGAACCCGCACAUCUUUCUCAACCAGCUCCGGGAUCACAACCUGAUUCCGGAGGACAGUUAUAAGAAAGUGAGUCGUAUGAAGAGCAAAGACAACAUGAAGAAAGGCCUUUAUGACAUUCUGGACUGGUUGGAAAAGGAGCGAUCUGAGCACAUUUAUGUGUUUUGGAGGUGUGUCUUCAAGGACACCAUCAUGAACCAGUACCCCAUCCUGCGAGAGCUGCGCAAAAGCCUCAUGGAUGGAUCCUUCCAUUUUUACACACAACUGCCUGAGAAGGUGGAACAGGAAGAGACAGAUGAGAGGAAAAGGAAGGGGACUUCAGAGGAUGAAGAGGGAGAAGAGAAGCAAGCAAGCUCAGCGAAAAAGAAGAGGAAACAAAGAAGGAGGAGCGGGUGUGAUUUGGAGGAGGAGCAGCCCGGCCCAUCUUCUCAGCUGACUCCAAGUCAUAAUAAAAAGUCCAAGAAAAUAAUCUUCUCUUCCCCACUAAAGAAAGGAGAGAAGAGCGACAUUUGGACCUGGGCCAUCUAUAAGUCUCAGCUGCCUGUGACCUGUGGAGUGCAGAAGGGGAUGCUGAACAAAGACAGACUGGCUAAAGGGGAGAAGAGCAUUGUGGUCAACAGAAAGUGGUAUACUCCGACUGAAUUUGAGAGACUUGCAGGGAAGAAGAACUACAAGAACUGGAAGUUGAGCAUCCGAUGUAGCGACACCCCCCUACUAAAACUUAUACAGGAUGGUCACCUGAAAUCAGUGCGCUACAAAGGAGGCUGUAAAAAGUCCAAGAGAUCACUGUUCCCAUCUAAUACGGCCAUCACAGUGAUUAAUGGGGAAGAAGAUGAAGACGAGGAGGAUCGGGAAUCACUAAGCGAGAGAGAAAGUUCCCCAGAUGUCACAGAUGAAGAAGGAGAGACGGAAGAGGAGCCACAAACCAGCAGCGGUCAGACGGUGUUCAAAGUGACUUGCGGAGCUCUAGUUGGGACAUUACACAAAAAAAGAUUUGCAUCAGGGACUUGUGGGAAGAGUAUUCGUACUGAGACGAGCUGGAUGAACCCAGAGGAGUUCAUGAGGGAGGUUUUGACUGAGAAAGAUGCCUCCUGGAGGAAAGACGUCCUGUGGGAAGGCAAACCACUCAGUGUCCUCAUAGAGGCAAAAAUCUUGAAGAUCCACUCACUGCUGUGUACUUGCAAACUAUGCAGUCGAGACCCUAAUGAUCUGGAUAAUCAGAGAAACGAUGAUGACUGUUGUAUCUGUAAAACGGAAGGAGAAGAAAAGCUGGUGGAGUGUGAUGAAUGCCCUCGCUCCUUCCACCAGGAAUGUCACCUGCCUCAUGUUGAAGACACCAUUUUGGAGGAUGAUGCACCAUGGGUGUGUACGUUCUGUGUAUUCAGAAGGAAUCAACAGUGGCGUUACUCCAGUGAGUUGGAAAGGAAUGCAGUCAUGACCCACCAAAUAUCCUCACACAUGCUGGAAUGCCAGUAUCUCCUCCUCUCUCUGUACAGCGCUGAUGAGGAACAGACAUUUGCCACAAACCCAAGCCUCUAUUUGGGAGACUACACCUCUCUGAUCAAAACUCCAAUGUGGCUGGGCAAUGUAGCAGACAAACUCCAGAGGAACCACUACCAGAGUGUUGGAGAAUUUGUGUCCGACGUCGAGCUCAUUUUCACCAACUGUGCCUCGUACAACAAAGACAAUGCUGAAUUCCUUGCCGUUGGCGUCAGACUGAAGGAGCUAUUUGACAGGGAAUUUAAGAAUGCAUUCAGCAUCCAUGAAGAUGCUGAGUUAUGAACAGUUUUCAGCUUCACGAAUCAGCAUACUGAUACUGGGAAAUUGUAAAUUGUAAAUAUAAAUAGUAGGAGUUGUAAUAGACAUGUGAUUAAUAUUGUCUCUUCUUUUGGUCUGCCUUAGAAGUCUGGCGACUGCAUUUUGUACAGUUUUUCUGAUUUAUGCCAGUUAAGAGACCAUUGCAGGGCAAUGUUCCUGAUAUGGUAGAAUCAAGUCCAGAUGACUUUGCUGAUACGUUUUUCAAAGUUGAGGUCGCAGUUCAGCAUCACACUGAGGUUUCUGCAGAGGGCUUAAUAUAUUUGCAGAGUGGACAAAGUGAUGACUGGAUUUGUUGAUGGUCAGCCUUUGAUAGGAAUUUUUGUUUUUUUUGUCUGUUGUUGGGAUUUAGUUGCAGAAAGUUAGCAGAUAUCCAAUCUUUUAUAUCGGCUCAACAGUUUCUUAAGGUUGAAAUGCUAGUGGGAUUGUCAUGCCAGUGUACACAUCUGCAUGUCUGUCUGCAUAAAAAUGGGAUCGGAUGUCUCCACUUAAUGUAACCAAGUAGGAGCAUAUGGAAUGAGAACAGAAUUGGUCCAAGUAUGGACCUCUGGGGGACUCUAAAAUGUACAGAGGUUGAAGGUGAAAUAUAUUCAUCAAUAAGAACAAAGCAUCUUUUGUAAGGUGAGUAGGAGUUGAACCACUUCAUGGCUGUCCCAGAUGUUCCAACCCAGUGCUUGAGUCUCUCUGUCAGUAUACUGUGGUCAGCUGUGUUAGGGCUACAGACAAGUCCAACAAUAUGAGGAUGGAGUGUUCACCUUUGUCUGCAGUGCUUAAAAGAUCAUUUUUUACCCUUAAAAGCACACUCUCAGUGCUGUGGUGGCUGCCUGAAGCCUGAUUAAAGUUUUUCAUAAAUUUGAUGUCCCUUCGGGGCUUUUAAGUGUUAUAUGGACUCUGGGUUUUAGUAACAAAAGUCAAUUUAGAAAUUGGUCCUUAGUUUAGUAUUUUUGUGUGUUUGUUUUGUUUUUGGCACACACAAUUAUGCAGCAGUAUACUAACCUCACUUCUGUCUAACUCCACAAGAUUAGAUUUUUUUUUACAUUUUCAAAUUUAUAUUCUUCAAGCAACAACAUAUUUCUUACUUUGCACAGCUCCCUCUGGAGCCAUAUGAGGUUUUUAUAAAACUUUUCACAUAUUAAGUAAUUCUCCUCAAAACCUGUAAACAGACUUUGAUGUGCAAGACUAGUUUCUCCUUAAGUUGCUUUCAGAAAUGGUAUAGUUUGAAGUACAGUUUAGGGUAUAUCUGAUGUUAAUGUCACGUGUCAUCAACAGUGGAAAUGUCAGUUUGGGAUGAUCACAUUUCAAUAUAAUAUGAGUGCUAGAUAGAUUAAAAGAAUACUUCCCUUGUUUAGUUUGUGUACACACUAAGAAUACAGUUUUUCUUUGAUAAAGUGUUUGACAAACAAAAAUAAGAUUUAAUAUUUCAGCAUUUUUCCGCAGUACAAGAGUUACAGUAUUUGUAUGGCAGACACAAUGCAUUGUAUUAAAAAUAAGUUUAAUAUCUGAAGUUUUGUAAGAAGUGUUUUGCAGUAAGGAAAAGUUAAAUUCAUUUAAAUGUAUGUUGCCUAAUAUAUGUAGUCUUCAGUAUAAUAUAUUGAUAUAUUUUCAUGAUGCACCACCAUGUGAGUUUCAGACUGUAUGUGUUAUGAAUGUAGGUAUCAGAAAAUGGAAACAGAAUAAGUAUUAGAAAAGGAAGACUAUGCAGGCUAUGACUAAUCCAUUUACAUCAUGCAAAAUAUCAAACUAGACUAAUAGAAUAGUUUGCUAUCAUUGUACAGGUAUAUAACAAAAUCAUUUUUGAUUUCCAUGUUUAUGGUACUUAAAGAACUGCUUGUGAUCUUGUUGGUCUGUUGUUACUUAUUUAUGUCUGAUGGAAUAAAACAGUUUGCUUUGA